GCAUUGUUAUGGACUGGGUGAGUGGACGCACACGUGUUUUGGUUAUGACACUCAGUCCCGGCGGCGAACUGGUGCCCCGCAGUUGUGUGAGCGAUCUCUAUUGCAAUUAUACGCUGCAGAGCAGCAGCAGCGGCUCGCGAGCUGCAACCGUUGACUCUACCGUUGCCACGGCAGCUGUAGUAGCAGCGGCAACAACAACGGGUGCAAUGCUCGUGCCCAUGCCACCACCUUCGUCCAGCUUCACCACGUUGGAUGGAGUGCCGCGUGGCAAGUGUGCCUACUUUAUACGCCACAGUGAUGUAGAUGUGCCGCUGUCAGCUGACAAUUUCCAGAGCUCGGUGCUCUAUGGCGAUUUCCCCGUGCACAGUAAAAUCGAGACAAUGUCGCUGCUGUUCGAUGAGGUGCUGCAACCGCUGCUGGAGCAGGCCCAAGGCCAGUGGCCAACUCCGGUUCGCAAGGACUUGGAGGGGCGAGUUAAGGAUGUGAGAAACACACUGACCGAGAUUAAGGGCAAAACCAACAAUCGCACAAUUUUAUCGUUAUUAGUUUCGCCAACAAUCGUCGAGGAAAUGUCGGCCCACGUCGACCGGGGGAAUCUGAGACCUGCAUUGGAUCCCAAGUUUCGUAAUCUACUCGAGGAGAUGUUCAUCAAUUGGACAACACAAAUGCAUGAUAUUGUGAUGGAGCGCUCCGAGUCCAUCGGCCUAACCACUGGCAGCGCAGCAUCGUCCAAGCAUCUCAAUGUGGUCACGCUGCCCGCCCAGGAGAUUCUGUUCUGGACGAAUCGGAAGCUCAAUUUGCAGAACAUUUACGAGCAGCUGAGCGAAUCCGUGCAUAAAGCACUGGCUCACAUCCUGGAGCGCAUUCAGUCCGUCUACUAUGAGCCGUAUGCGAAGGCGUUUCGUCAACUGCUCACCGCCUGGCUGGAGGCAAAGGAUGUGUCCCUGUGGUUGCAACCCUUGCAGCGUCAAACUGCCGCCUUCAAUUCGGUGCAGUUCAGCAAUGCACAGGAGCUGAUUGCGCCGCUGGUGCAUGUGCUGCACUUGCUCUGGAGCAAUGCUCGCUUCUAUCGCAGCACACAAAGGAUGAGCGUACUGCUGCGCUGCAUAUGCAACAUGCUGGUGCAUCGUGCCGCCGAAGAUCUGGAGUUCCCCAUGCUCUUCCAAGGCGACGCCGAUGAGGGCCUGCAGCGCAUAAAGAAGACUGGCGAAGUGUUGGAAUUUUUCAAACAGCGCGUGCUCGAUUACAAGGAACGCUAUGCCAGCAGUCAAGUGUUGCUGCCCGCUCUGUUGGCUGUUGCAACAACAUCUGCUGCAGCUGCAGCUGCAGCCACAACUCCAUCCCCGACUCCAGCUGACCAGCAGCAGCUGUGGCGCUUCUCCAGCGAGCAAGUGUUUGGCCAAACACUCGACGGCUUCCUUUUGCAGCUAACGGAGUUGCGACAUGUUUUCGAGGCAGCAGUUCAGUUUCAGCAACUUGAGAAACUCGAAAUUGGCGGUCUUCGAGGUAAACUGCUCACGGAACGCAUCAGAGAGAUUUUUAACGAAUUCAAACGGCUCUUCGAGCAAUGGACGAAUGUGGACAUAGAUCUCGCCGCACCGGUGGCCCACAAAUGGAAGAGUUUCAAGCGAGAACAAUGCAUUUUCUUUGGCCGCAUGCAAUUGUUGGAGCAGAAGCUUGCCACAGUGUUAGUGCAAGCUUUUGAGCAGUGUCACAGUUGGAGGAAUCUACUUAAGCUAACGCUAAUGUUUGGCUGCCUGCUACAGCGUAGCGAGGUGCAAGCGGAACUGGUGCGUCUGCUGCCUCACAUGCUCAACAUGUACAAUGCGGAGCUGCAGCAACUGGAACAGAGUGUGGCAGACGUGCUGCUGCUCUACCAGUGCCACGGUCUCGAGGCGAUGCCACUUGCUGACAACUUUCCCCCCAUUGCAGGGGCUAUCAUGUGGUUGGAGCAGCAUCUUCAUCGCUGCGAUGAUCUCGGCGCAAAGGAUCUCACAGACCUCAUCCAAACAUUGCUAACACUAAAAUCACAGUUUGUAACGCUGCCCUUUGAUUGGGAUGCUUUGGUGUCACGUCGCAAUAUUCUCACCACUAAGAUGUGCAGUCUACAGCUUAAGAUCUGGCAAUGCUGGCUGCAGGAUAUAGACAGGAUGAUAGCAGAGGGUCUGACCGAGCCAGUGCUGAUUCAAUUAACAGCUGGUCAACAACUACAACCAAAUUUCGCCAAGGCGCUAUUCACCCUGCUCAAGGAAACCAAAUAUUUGCUCGCAUUGCAGGCGUCCGGCAGUUUUUCAUCUAAGCUCUUCCCAAUGCCCGAGGCGCUGCUCGCACUCUAUGAGGAGAGGGAUGCCUACUGGCAACGUCGCAUUCGACUCAUUAAAAUUGACGAGUACUACAACGGCAUUCGAGCCGGGCAGUGUGCCGAGGCUGAGCUCCAGUUAAUUGAAGCAGAACUGGCCACUAUCGAUGGCCAAGUUGGCAUUGCAUGUGAGCAGUUGAGCUGGCGCAAUUACGAUGAGCCACUGAUUGAGAGCAUAUUUGAGAAGUCACGCGAUCUGUUUGCACGUCUGCAGCAAUCGCAUGGCAAUCUGGAUGCCAUAAUGGCUAGCAUGCGCCGCUGGAGUCGGGAGCCACUGCAUCAGCGCAGUUUGUAUGGUCGUAAUUUGUUGGAUCUGAGGCAUCAGCAGGAGCGGGUGCGUCUGCGUCUCCUGCAAUGCGAUGAAACGAAAAUGCUGCUAAAUCGGUUACUAAUAGCCAACUUUUGUUUGCUAUUCAACUACGAGUCGCAACAGUUUCAAUUGUAUUCGCGUGAUCUCAACGUGCAGGAGUUUGUGCGCGAAUUUCCGGAUGAGCAGCGACGACAGUUUAACAAAUAUUUGGCCAAUGUCGAUGAGUUAAUUUGUAGCGAAGUGCGCCAGGCGGCAAGGAUCAGUUUAGAGUAUUUGCACAAGGAAAUGACAGCAACAGCAACAGCAACAACUCUAGCAACACCAACAACAACAGGAACAACUCUAGAUAUGGCAACUUCAACAACGCCCUCAACUCCAAGUACGGUCUUGCCAAGCGUGGCUAGGUUAGUGCAGCAGCAAAUCACAACAAUGCCAGAGGCUACAGCGACAAUAAUACCAACACCAACAACAACAGCAACUUCAGGAACAGCAACAACAACAACAAACGAUGCACCGCUAUUCGAAGUGAAAUUGGAGCUGACGGAAACGGAAAUACGUUUUUCGCCUGCCUUCGAUGUAAGUGCGGAAAAUAAUUUUCAACAAAUUGUCGAGCAGCUGUUGCUGGAUAUAAAACAGACAUGCGACUGCAUGCCAAGAAUUGUGUCUGAUAAAGCGCUGUCUGACGAGGAGGUGGAUGGCGACGACGACGAUGACGCCAACAAUGUUGGGAAUGAGAAUGAGUUCAAGAACGGCAUGGAACCAGCCAGGCGCAUUGUAAAAGCCAUUGCAGCAGUUGCUGAUGACGUGGAAAUGCUGUGUAGCAGCAUACGCGACGCCUUGACACAGACCGUGCAGGCGGCGUUGAAUUAUGCUGCCAAAUUCCACGCCUAUGCGUUCCUUUGGACACAGUUGAGUGACGCCGUCUUCGCCUCCUGCAUGCAGAUGGCUGGCGAACAGACGACCCACAUCAGCGGCAGUGGCUAUGCCAUCAUGGAAACUUUUAAAAAGGAGAUCGAGCGCUACAACGAGUUGCACGAUGAAAUCGACCUGUACGAGAAUCGACACUGCAUCAAUGGCUGGUUGGACCUCGAUGUGAAGCCACUAAAACACGGCCUGCUCAAUCUGGCCUGCAAGUGGUCGCAUCUCUACAAGCAGUGGCUGCUUCGCUAUGUGCAGCAAACGCUUCAGGAGCUAAACGCUUUCAUCGCGCGCAGCCACGAGACGUUGCAGUUGCACAUUGCACGCCAGGACUUUAGGGCACUGUUGCGUGUACUGUCUGUCAUGGCGGAGAUUCGGCAACGUGAGCCAUAUGCGGACAAUGUAUUUAAGCCGCUGAAGGACAUCGUGGCACUGUUAAGGACCUACAACGUGGAAUUCGAGGCACAGCUGAUGCGCAACAUUGAACAGCUGCCAGUGCUGUGGAAGCAACUGAAGCAGCAGGCACUGGCCAAACAGGAGGCACUCCACGAUACACGCUACUAUCAACAGCAGCGCGUAACGGCACUCAUUGGCCUGCAUACGUGCCACGUGCAACAUUAUGCGAAACAGUUCCAACGCAUGCCGUUCUUUCACGUGUCCUGUCCGCAAAUUUAUGAUGCCUGCGACCAGGUCUACGUGCAUCUCCAUCACUUCGACAGCCAACAGCGACGGUAUGCGUCCUGGGCGCGACUUUUAGAUAUUGACGAACCCGACACGACCACUCUGCAGCACUGUCGGACAGAGCUCAGACGUGUAAAGCAAUUGUGGGACUUUGUGCGUGUCAUCGAAUCCUGCAUUGUCGACUGGCAUGCGACACCUUGGCUUCGCAUCGAUACAGACGACAUGGAGCACGAAUGCAAGAAGUUCACGCGUGAUUUGCGCACACUUGAUAAGUGCAUCAGAGAGUGGGCGCCCUACGUGUACAUAGUGGGCGUAUUGCGUGACCUGGUUGCCUCCCUGCGCGCGGUUACCGAACUCCAAAAUCCAGCAAUUACCGAACGCCAUUGGCUCGAGCUCAUGCAGUUGUCAAAGCUUUCGUACAAAUGCAACACAUCAACAACUUUGGAGCAGCUGCUUAGCCUGCAACUGCAGCAGCACGAGGAGGAUAUUAAGAACACUGUGGAUCGCGCUAUCAAAGAGAUGACAGUUACCAAAGUCCUGGAUGACAUAAAGGCCACUUGGGCGCAUUUGGAAUUCGAAUUGGAACCGCACCAAACACGGCCCACAGUGCGGCUGCUGAAAGUCUCCGAGGAGUUGAUUGAAACGUUGGACGAUAAUCAGAUGCAACUGCAGAAUAUAUCAACGUCGAAGCACAUUGAAUAUCUGCUGGACAAGCUGGGGCACUGGCAGCGUGUCCUCAGCGGCAUUGAUACUCUAAUUGUCAAUUGGUUUGAGGUGCAACGCAAAUGGAUCUAUCUGGAGUGCAUUUUCAUUGGAUCCGAGGACAUACGCUCCCAGCUGCCACAAGAUGCGGCCAAUUUCGAGCGCAUCGACGAGGAUUUCACUAAUCUCCUUGCCAGAGUCAAUCACGUUCGCGUCGUCAUGCAAGUGGUGCUGCAGCAUAAGGAUGUGCUCCAGCAAUUGCUGGAACUGCAGCAGCGUCUAUCGAUUUGUGAGAAGGCAUUGAACGAUUAUCUGGAGACAAAGCGUUUGGUCUUUCCACGCUUCUAUUUCAUAUCCGCUGCCGAUCUAUUGGACAUACUAUCCAAUGGCAAUAAUCCUCAGGUCAUUGAUCGCCAUCUUAUCAAACUAUUCGAUUCCAUAUUGCGUUUGCAAUAUGAGACAAAUACAACACACGCCCUGGGCAUGCACUCCAAGGAGAACGAUGAGUAUGUGACCUUUGUGGGAAGCCAAGAUCAAGAUCAAGCAGCCUUCAUCGACUGCUCGGGUCGCGUUGAGCUCUGGCUGCGCGGCGUCAUCCAGCAGAUGAGAAGCACACUUCAUGAGCUCUUCCGGCGUGCUCUGGUCGCGUUUGGUGAGAAGUCGCGGGAUAUAUGGCUCUAUGAUUGGCCAGCACAGGUGGCACUCUGUUGCAGUCAAAUCCACUGGACGGUGGAUGUGAAUCGCUCGUUUGCCUCCAUGGAGGAGGGCUACGAGGGGGCCAUGAAGGAGCUGCACAAGCGACAGAUAGCACAACUGAAUGCCUUAAUCAAUCUGCUGCUGGGCGAACUCUCGCCAGGCGAUCGACAAAAGAUCAUGACCAUCUGCACCAUUGAUGUUCAUUCGCGGGACGUCAUUGGCAAAAUCAUAGCCACCAAGGUGGACAACUCUCUCGCAUUUCAGUGGCAGAGCCAGCUGCGUCAUCGCUGGGAUGACGAUCAGUCGGGCAGCUCCAGUGGUGGCGCCACAGCAACAACAAUUAGCAACGGCGGGGCAGGCGGCGAGGAGGAUUGCUUUGCCAACAUCUGUGAUGCGGAGUUCCGUUAUGCCUACGAGUACCUGGGCAAUACUUCGAGGCUGGUCAUCACACCUUUAACGGAUCGUUGCUACAUCACUUUGACUCAGUCACUGCAUCUGGUGAUGGGUGGCGCACCUGCUGGACCAGCUGGCACAGGGAAAACGGAAACGACGAAGGAUCUGGGGCGUGCACUGGGCGUAAUGGUUUAUGUCUUCAACUGUUCGGAGCAAAUGGACUACAAAUCUUGCGGCAACAUUUACAAAGGGCUGGCCCAGACUGGUGCAUGGGGCUGCUUUGACGAGUUCAAUCGUAUCUGUGUGGAGGUGCUCUCCGUGGUCGCCGUCCAGGUGAAGACCAUACAGGAGGCGAUAAAGAUGCAUAAAACCCAAUUUAUCUUUAUGGGCGAGCGCAUCUCGCUGGAGCCGGCGGUUGGCAUUUUUAUCACCAUGAAUCCGGGCUACGCUGGCCGCACCGAGCUGCCGGAAAACCUGAAAACAUUGUUUCGCCCAUGCGCCAUGAUUGUGCCGGACUUUGCUUUGAUUUGUGAGAUUAUGUUAAUGGCCGAGGGCUUCCAGGAUGCACGUCUGCUGGCACGCAAAUUUAUCACACUCUAUACGCUGUGCAAGGAGCUGUUGUCCAAACAGGAUCACUACGACUGGGGCCUGCGCGCCAUCAAAUCCGUCCUGGUCGUUGCUGGCACAUUAAAACGCGAUGACCACAGCCGUCCAGAGGAUCAGGUGUUAAUGCGUGCGUUGCGUGAUUUCAACAUACCCAAGAUUGUUACAGAGGAUGUGCCCAUAUUUAUGGGCCUGAUUGGUGACCUCUUCCCCGCACUCGAUGUCCCCCGAAAGCGCGUCUUUGAGUUUGAGAAGACCAUCCGGCGUGCUGUCAACGAAAUCAAACUGCAGCCCGAAGAGGGUUUCCUCAUGAAGGUGGUGCAGCUGCAGGAACUACUCGAUGUUCGUCACUCCGUAUUCAUUGUGGGCGAUGCCGGCACGGGCAAAACAAAGAUUUGGCAAACACUACGUGAAACCUAUCGCAUACAGAAAAUGAAGCCAGUCUGUCACGUACUCAAUCCCAAGGCACUGUCCAAUGAUGAGCUCUUUGGCAUUGUAAAUCCUACGACGCGUGAGUGGAAGGAUGGACUCUUCUCAUCCAUAAUGCGAGAGCAGGCCAACAUGCCGCCGGGCAAUCCCAAGUGGAUUGUGCUCGAUGGCGACAUUGAUCCCAUGUGGAUUGAGAGUCUCAACACCCUGAUGGACGACAACAAGAUCCUGACGCUGGCCAGCAAUGAGCGCAUUUCAUUAAAGCGUGAGAUGCGCCUCCUCUUCGAGGUGGGUCAUCUCAAGGCGGCUACACCAGCAACAGUCUCCCGAGCUGGCAUUCUGUACAUCAAUCCACAGGAUCUUGGCUGGUCGCCCUUUGUUUCCUCUUGGCUGGAGACACGCGUUAAUAUGAUCGAACGUGGCAUAUUGACCACACUGUUUGAGAAGUACUUCCCUAGUCUGAUGCAAAAACAGCAUGAUUUCCGUCGUAUUACGCCCAUCACAGAUAUGGCCAUGAUACAAAUGACGUGUCACCUGCUCGAGUGCCUGCUGGACAGUGACCAGGCCGAUGAUGACACUGGCCGCGGGGGCGGAAAACAUCUGGGUAUCAAUUCGCACACCCUGCAUCAUGGCGAACUCUCACAUGAGUCCGCCGAGCUGGCUCUGGAGACGAUCUUUGUGUAUGUGACAAUGUGGAGCUUUGGUUCGGCACUGCAUCAGGACACGAUUAUUGACUGGCAUCGCGAGUUCCACAAGUGGUGGACGGGCGAGUACAAGGACGUCAAGUUGCCCAGUCAAGGCAAUCUAUUUGACUAUCAGCUUAAUGUACAAACACUGAAGUUCCAACGCUGGUCCGAGCUGGCCGCCCAAGAGCAGCAGCAGGACUAUCAAAUCGAAGUGGAGCAACCGUUGCAGAACGUGCUCAUUUCAACAGCAGAAACCACACGUCUGGGUUACUUCCUCAAGCUGCUUAUAGACCGCAAUCUCGCCUGCAUGCUGGUGGGCACCUCUGGCUGUGGCAAGGGUGCCAUCUUCCGUGAGCUCUUCAGCAAAUAUGCGAGUGCACAGGAGCUGCUUGAAAUUGCAGUGACAGCUGUCAGCGGCAGUCAGCAGCAGACAGCGCCUGUUGGCAACAUUACAGCGGGUGUUGAAGCUGCUGCUGGUGGUGUCUACGGUGGCAAUGGCAGCGUGCGUCGGAAAACAUCAUCCACAACACCAUUGCUGACCACGGUGCAGGCAACGCACUUUAAUUUCUAUACCACAUCAGAGAUAUUCCAAAAGAUGCUGGAUCGACCGCUGGAAAAAAAGUCUGGUCGCUGUUAUGCACCAAGCGGACCCAAGCGACGCCUCAUCUACUUUGUGAAUGAUCUCAACAUGCCCGAGGUGGAUGCCUAUGGCACUGUGCAACCGCACACAAUCAUGCGGCAGUUCAUGGACUAUCGGCAGUGGUAUGAUCGUCAAAGACUUCAACUGAAGGAUAUUCGUCACUGCCAGUUUGCGGCCUGCAUGAAUCCCACUGCUGGCUCCUUCACCAUUGAUCCACGCCUGCAGCGGCACUUUUGUGUGUUCUCCGUGGCGCCACCUGGCGAGGAGACGCUGCAUUACAUAUACAGCAGCAUAUUGAACAAUCACCUGGAGCAGCCAUUACAGGGAUUUAGCAAAGAAAUUCGCUCCAUUGGCAAUCUGCUGGUUAAGGUGGGCAUCGCCUUGCAUCGUCGCGUUGAAUACGCUUUUCUACCCACGGCCAUUAAGUUUCACUACAUCUUCAACCUGCGCGACCUGACCAACAUCUACCAGGGCGUAGUGAAUUGCGUGGGUGCUCCGGUCUCGGCGGGUGGCGCUGACAGCAGCUACAGCGGCACCAUGUGCAGUAAGCCCGCAGAGUUGAUGAGGCUCUAUGUGCACGAGGCUUAUCGGGUGUAUCAUGAUCGUCUCGUGGAUCAAUAUGAUAUAAAAUCAUUCAAGUCCUCCAUACGGGAUAUUUUCAAAAAGGAUUUCGAAGACUUUGAUGAGGAUUUUGUGUUUGCCGAGCCUUUGGUUUACUGCCAUUUCGCACAAUCGCUGGUGGAUCAAAAGUAUAUGCCGGUCAAGAGUUGGGAUUCGCUGUACCAGCUGCUGCUGGAAGCGCAGGGAAGCUAUAAUGACAUCGUUGGAUAUAUGAAUCUGGUGUUAUUCGAAGACGCCAUGAUACAUGUAUGUCGCAUUAAUCGCAUUCUGGAGAGUCCUCGUGGCAAUGCUCUGCUCAUUGGCGUCGGCGGCUCUGGGAAACAAACUCUGGCACGCUUGGCCGCAUUCAUCUCCUCGCUGAGUGUAUCGCAGAUUCAAAUCAAACGAGGAUUUGGUCUGCUCGACAUGAGGGAUGAGAUUGCGAGUCUCUAUAUGAAGGUGGGACUUAAGAAUGUGUCAUCUGUUUUUCUUAUAUCCGAUGCGCAGCUGCCUGAUGAGUCCAUACUAAUGCUGAUCAAUGAUUUGCUCGCCUCUGGUGAGAUACCGGAGCUCUUCAAUGACGAUCAACUGGAUACGAUCAUCAAUGGCAUACGCAAUGAGGUGAAGCAGAGCGGUGCACUCGAUACCAAGGAGAACUGCUGGCGGUAUUUUGUUGAGAAGGUACGACGUCUACUCAAAGUGGUGCUUUGCCUCUCACCAGUUGGGCAAACACUGCGUGUACGGGCCCGCAAAUUUCCGGCAAUUUUCAGUCGCACAGCCAUUAAUUGGUUCCACGAGUGGCCACGAAGUGCACUGGAGUCUGUAUCUCAAAAAUUUCUCACCGAAAUCAGCGACAUAUUGGAGGCCGAACUCAUACCGCCCAUCGGUUGCUUUAUGGCCUACGUCCAUGGUACAGUGAAUCAGAUAUCGAAAAUUUAUCUACAGAAUGAAAAACGCUACAACUACACGACACCAAAAACAUUUCUCGAAUACAUUUUCCUCUACCGCAAACUGUUGGUUGACAAAAAUGGCGAAUUCGCUGAGCGAAUCGCUCGCCUGCAGAGCGGAAUGGCCAAGUUGGCUGAAUGCGCCCGACAGGUGGACACCCUAAAGCAUCAACUGGCCAUACAGGAAGUCCAAUUGGCUGCCAAAAAUGCGGCCGCUGACAAGCUGAUCGGCAUUGUGAGCGCCGAGAGCGAGAAGGUUAAGCGGGAGCGUUUCACAGCCUCCGAGGAGGAGAAACGAGUGCGCAUCAUCGAAGAGGACGUUUCGAUCAAGACUAAACUGUGCGAGCAGGAUUUGCGACAGGCCGAACCAGCUCUGGUCGCUGCCCAGGCAGCGCUCAACACUCUAAACAAAAACAAUCUCACCGAACUAAAGUCCUUUGGAUCACCGCCCAAGGCAGUGAUUAAUGUCUGCGCUGCUGUAAUGGUUCUAUUAGCCACUAACGGUAAGAUACCACGCGAUCGCAGCUGGAAGACAGCCAAACUGAUGAUGGUACGUGUGGAUCAAUUUCUCAACGAUUUACUCAACUAUAAUAAGGAUAACAUACAUCCGAAUAUUAUUGAGACGCUACAGGAAUAUCUUAAGGAUCCGGAAUUCAAUCCGGACAAAGUCGUGCAAAAGUCCGUUGCCGCAGCUGGCCUCUGCGCCUGGGUCAUCAAUCUGCAUCGCUAUCAUCAGGUCUUCCUGAUAGUCGGUCCCAAGCAGCAGGCCGUGCAGGAUGCACAGCAGGAGCUGUUCGAGGCACGCGAACGCCUGCAGUAUCUCAAGUCGAAGAUAAACAAUUUGGAGGACAAGCUGGCCGAUAUUCAGGCCGAGUUCGAGCACGCCGUGGCCGAGAAGCAAAAGUGUCAGAAAGAGGCAGACAAAACGUCCUUUACCAUCGAUCUGGCACAUCGGCUGGUCAAUGGACUGGCCAACGAGAAUAUUCGCUGGCGAGAGUCGGUUCAAAGCUUACAGGCGAAGAUUGGCACCCUACCUGGAGAUAUACUGUUAAUUUCCUCGUUCCUGUCGUACGUGGGCUGCUUCACGCGCCGCUACCGCGAAGAACUGCAGCACAAGAUGUGGCUGCCAAGUUUCUGCAAAGUGGACCCUCCGAUACCGCACACUGAGGGUGUCGACCCUCUCAAUUUGCUUUCGGAUGACGCACAAAUUGCCACCUGGAAUAAUGAGGGAUUGCCCAUGGAUGGCAUGUCCACGGAGAAUGCAACAAUAUUGCAGCACUCGACGCGCUGGCCUCUGAUGAUUGAUCCACAGCUCCAGGGAAUUAAAUGGAUCAAGAGUCGCUUCGGAGCUGCUCUUGUGGUGCUGCGUCUGACGCAACGUGGAUUCCUUGAGGCACUCGAGAAGUCCAUUUCACAUGGCGAUACGGUGCUGAUUGAGCAAAUUGAAGAGACGAUGGAUACGGUGCUGGAGCCGCUGCUCAGCCGGGCGCUGAUCAAAAAAGGACGCUAUCUGCGCAUUGGCGAAAAGGAAAUGGAGUUUAAUCCGAAUUUCCGACUCAUACUGCACACGAAACUGGCCAAUCCGCAUUACAAGCCGGAAAUGCAGGCGCAAACGACGCUUAUUAACUUUACGGUCACACCGGAUGGCCUCGAGGAGCAGCUACUGGCGGAAGUGGUCAAAAUUGAGCGACCGGACUUGGAGAAUAUGAAAACUGAGGUUACCGUCCAGCAGAACAUGUUCAAAAUCUCACUGAAAGCACUUGAGGAUGAGCUGCUGGCCCGUUUGGCCUCCGCCGGCGAGAACGUGCUCGAUGACCAUGCGUUGGUCCUCAAUCUGGAGAACACUAAGCGUACGGUGGAUGAAAUUGAAGCCAAGGUGAGGGAGGCUCAUGUAACCACUUUGCAAAUUGAUGAGACCAGGAAUAUCUAUCGAGCCGCCGCAAAACGAGCUGCGAUUUUGUAUUUUGUACUCACCGAUCUGAAUCGCAUCAAUCCCAUCUACAAGUUCUCCUUGAAGUCCUUCAUGCAUGUCUUCCGGCAGGCCAUUGCCAUUGCGCCGGACUCAAAGAGUUAUGAGAAGCGAGUGCUCCACCUGGUGGACUCGAUUACCCUGCAAACCUAUCGUUAUACACUGCGUGGUCUCUUCGAGGCGGACAAGUUGACGUUUACUUCCCACUUGACGCUGCGGAUUAUGAUUGCCGCCGAGCAGGUGGCCAAGGAUGAGACCGAUUUUCUACUGCGUUAUCCCCAUGAUCCGAAUACGCUGUCCCCUUUGGAUUUUGUCAGUCGAAGUGCCUGGGGUGGCAUCAAAUCAUUGACCCUCAUCGAGCACUUUUAUGGCAUUGACAAGGACAUGGAGAACUAUACGAAACGCUGGCGUAAGUUCAUGGCCAGUGAUACCCCGGAACGGGAACAGUUUCCGGGCGAAUGGAAGCAUCGCACACCACUGCAAAAACUAUGCAUAGUGAGAGCCCUGCGACCGGAUCGGAUGACCUAUGCCAUGGCACAGUUUGUGGAGCAAACGAUGGGCCGAGCAUAUGCCGAGGUGCAAACGCCUCCGUUUGUGGCCAUCUUCAAAGAUCUGAAUGCAGCAACGCCUGCCUUUUUUAUACUCUCCCCGGGUGUGGAUCCCAUACGCGAUGUGGAGCGCCAUGGACAGCAGCAGGGUUUCCAUGCGGAUGCUGGAACGCUGGUCAAUAUCUCACUGGGCCAGGGACAGGAGCUGCUGGCAGAGAAGGCCAUCGAAGUGGCGCUCGCAUCGGGUCAACAAUGGGUUAUACUACAAAAUAUUCAUUUGGUGGUCAAUUGGUUGCCCACGCUGGAGAAGCUCAUCGAGCGGAUAGUGUUGCAGUCCGAAACCAAUGGCGAAUCCAAUUUCCGUUUGUUUAUCAGCGCCGAGCCAGCACCGGAUCCACAAUACCAUGUUAUACCCCAGGGCAUUUUGGAGUCCUCGCUCAAAGUGGUGAAUGAGCCACCAGCUGGGAUGGCUGCCAAUCUGCACAAGGCGUGGGAUAACUUUUCGCAGGAUACGCUGGAAACAUGCACCCAGGAGGCGGAGUUUAAAUCCAUACUCUUUGCCCUCUGCUACUUUCAUGCGGUGGCCGGGGAGCGUCGCAAGUUUGGACCGCAGGGCUGGAACAAGGUGUAUCCAUUUAAUGUGGGUGAUCUAUCGAUUUCGGCGAGUGUGCUGCACAAUUAUCUGGACAGUAAUCGCAUACCGUGGGAGGAUUUGCGCUAUCUCUUUGGGGAAAUUAUGUACGGCGGACAUAUUACCGAUGAUUGGGACAGACGUCUCUGCCAGACGUUUCUGGAGGAGCUGCUGCAACAGGAUCUCAUCGAUGGUGACUUUGAGCUAUGUCCGGGAUUCCCAGCACCGCCCAAUCUAGAAUUCGAUGGCUAUCAUUGCUAUAUCAGUGAGAUGCUGCCCGAGGAAUCCCCACCGCUCUAUGGACUGCAUCCUAAUGCGGAAAUUGGCUUCCUCACAAGCGCCUCGGAGCAGCUGCUACGCACCAUCUUUGAGCUGCAGCCGCGAGAGUCCGAGCUGAGCACCCAUUGUGGGGCACCACGCGAAGAGCUGGUGAAGAUCAUGAUUGACGACUUUCUCGACAAGCUGCAGGACGAGUUCAAUCUACAGGCGCUGCUCAAUCGCGUGGAGCGCAAGACGCCAUUUGUGGUCGUCGCCCUGCAGGAAUGCGAACGGAUGAAUGCGCUCAUCCGGGAGAUAAAGCGAUCGCUGCGCGAACUAAUGCUUGGCCUGAGGGGAGAGCUAACGAUCACACAGGAAAUGGAGCGACUAGAUUAUGCCAUCUUCUAUGAUCAUGUGCCGACGGCCUGGGCACAACUGGCAUACCCCAGCAUGCUGGGCCUGCAGGGUUGGUUCGCUGAUCUGCUGCAUCGCAUCAAGGAGCUGGCCGGCUGGCUGAAUGACUUCAAGUUGCCCUGUGCCAUCUGGCUGGGUGGGCUAUUCAAUCCCCAAAGCUUUCUCACGGCCAUCAUGCAGGAGAGUGCCCGGAAGCAUGAUCUGCCCUUGGAUCGCAUGCUCAUCAGCUGUGACGUGACCAAAAAGCAAAAGGAUGACGUCACCAUGCCACCGCUAGAGGGCGCCUUUGUGCAUGAACUGUAUCUGGAUGGCGCCAGCUGGGACUGUCAACUCAACUCAAUUGUCUCGCUGCAUCCCAAGGAGCUGCUCUGCGCCAUGCCCGUCAUCUACAUCAAGUCCAUUGUGCAGGAGAAACAGGAGCUGCAGCGCGUCUACGAGUGUCCACUGUACAAGACCAGGUCGCGUGGCAACACCUACGUGUGGACGCUGAACCUAAAGACACGCGACCGCCCAGCCAAGUGGAUAUUAGCGGGAGUUGCGCUCUUGUUGCAGCCAUGAAAUAGAAUUGAUACCCAUCAACCCCGAAGCGGUUCAUUCAUUGUUCGCCUCGUCUCAUCGACAACAUUGGCUUUUGUGCCACAAGCGUCUUUCAUAUGUGAACUCGAUUCACGUCGAUAAACUUAUAUUUUUAGCACAAUUACCCACAGACUGCACACUAAUGCGAAAAUUACUUAAGCACACUCAAAGUAUAAUUUAGCUAUAUAUCGAAGAUUGGAUACUCUAAAUAGUUCGUUAAGAGUUACUAAGAAAUUCGA